CAAGUAGAGGUAGCGGAGAAGGAUAAGGAUAAAAGGGUCUUCAGUGUACCGAACGGAGUCUGUGAGCUCCAAACUAUGCCUUUCGGACUUUGCGACGCGGCGGCCACCUUCCAGCAACUUACGCAGACGGCAAUGUGUGGCCUUUUACUGAAGCACUACAUUAUUUAUCUAGACAGCAUCCUUGCACUUUGGGAGAGGUAUCGAGCAGCACAACUUCGACCUCCGAUUAGUACUGGAUCGCCUUGGGAAGCAGGUCCGACGCUGAAUCCGAAGGAAUGCCGUUUACCCGAAAAUAAGUGGUUUCGCCAAGAUCUCUACAAGUUGACCGAGAAGGUGACGAGAAAGAAGGUCAUUUGGGGUAUGGCACAUGCGAAAGUGUUUCCAGAGUUGAAUUUCACUCUCUGUGGCACCGAUCUCGGUCCUACCCACUUCGAUGCUGAGGCUGCGCCUUUCGUGCUGGGCACAGACGCAAGCAAUGUGGUGGUGGGCGGAGUUUCACCCCGAAAGUGA